GCAGAAAAACAUGACUUUAGGGGCUAAAGGAGAUCCUCUGCUGGAUGAGAAUAAGAAUAGCAACAAUGAACAAAGCAUGGACUGUUCUAUGUUAGAUCUGGAAAAAAAUGCCCUAAAGAAGGAGCUUUUGGAACAUGUGGCUAACAGCAAAGCAACUUUCAAGAGCCAGCAAAAAGAAGAACCCGAGUUAACGUUUGAGGAAAAGCUUGCUAUAGCUAGGAAGUUGUUAGAGAAGAGUCACUGUUUAUUUCUGUCUAAAUUUGGACAAUAUAUGAAGAUGGAACACUUGGAGUAUUUCAACAAAAGUCAGGAUUAUGAGACAAUCUAUCAUGUAAACAGGUUACAGAGAUAUUUUAAUAACUCUACACGUCAUAUCGACAUAAAAAACAGAAGAUAUGAAGCUCUGAAGACAUUAAUAGAAAAAGGAGACUACUUUAGCGAAUGUGAAAUGAUGAAGAGAAAUCCGCUAUUGUAUGAACACUUAGUAGGGCAGUACUUGACAGAUGAGGAAAAGAAAGCUAGAGACACUAUUGACACAAAGAGUGUAAAUUAUGUGGAUAUACUUAUGGAAACCAUCGAAAGAAAUAAAUUAGAAAAUCGUUUAAAAUCUCAACAAAAGGAAGAGGACGAAGUACAAGAGGAGAACGAUUCAGAUGAAGAUGAUGAUAAUGGUGAUGAUAAUGAUGAUGAUAAUGAUGAUGAUAAUAUCAGAAACAGCAUUGCAUCCAAGACAAAUCUUGAGAAACAGAAUUAUCAGCACUGGGGUGAAGAAUUAAAUGAAGUAAAAAAAAAGGACCAGAAAUUACAAAGCAAUAAAAUACAUAAAAUAUCAAGCCAAGAAAUAAAGUUACUUAGACAAGAAUUUGUUACAAACAUGUAUCAGAGUUUCCUGGAUGGUAAAGAUACAGACUUUGAUUAUAGUACUGUAGAUGACAAUGAAGCUUAUGAUAACGUUGAUUUGAGAAAUCAAGACGAAGAAGAAAAGUAUUUUGACUCGGAAGCUCCUGAAACUGUUCUUCCAUGUAAUGAGUGCAAUGAUCAAAACGAAUCUGAAGAUGAAUUGGAUAUAUAUAUGAAAUCGCUGAAGCCAAUGACACCUGCUAUAACAGGGAUGGAAGAACAAGAGAAAUUGCUAGAAGAUGCAAUUGGAGUGGUAAAAGUCCAAGCUUUUCAGAUGAAACACUGUCUAGACAAAUCAAAAUUAAUGGAUGCGCUAAAACAUGCCUCUACCAUGUUGGGAGAACUCAGGACUUCUCUUCUAAGUCCAAAAAGCUACUAUGAAUUGUAUAUGGCAAUCACAGAUGAAUUACGGCACUUGGAACUUUAUUUGUUGGAUGAAUUUCAAAAAGGAAGAAAAGUUACAGAUCUCUAUGAAUUGGUACAAUAUGUUGGCAAUAUUGUACCUAGACUGUAUUUACUUAUCACUGUUGGCCUGGUCUAUAUCAAGACAACGCCUGGCUUGAAAAGAGAUCUUCUGAGAGACCUUGUAGAAAUGUGUAGAGGCGUGCAACAUCCACUGCGUGGUCUAUUCUUAAGGAAUUAUUUGUUACAAUGCACAAGGAAUAUCUUGCCAGAUGUUACCGAGGGUGAUGAUGAAGAUGGAACUGUUCGUGACAGCAUAGAUUUCGUUCUGAUGAAUUUUGCAGAAAUGAAUAAAUUGUGGGUACGUAUGCAACAUCAAGGUCAUAGUAGGGAUAGAGAAAGAAGAGAGAGGGAAAGAUUUUUAGUCGGAACAAAUCUUGUACGACUUAGUCAAUUGGAAUCUGUAACAUUAGAUAAAUACAAAAAGCUUGUAUUGCCGGGAAUCUUGGAGCAAGUCGUAAGUUGUAGAGAUGCAAUAGCACAGGAAUAUCUUAUGGAGUGUAUAAUUCAAGUCUUUCCUGAUGAAUUCCAUUUACAAACGUUAAAUGCAUUUCUGAAGUCGUGUGCAGAAUUACAAAAUGGAGUAAAUGUUAAAAACAUAAUUAUAUCGUUGAUUGAUCGACUUGCAGCCUUUAGUCAACGAUCGGAUGGUGUAGGAGGACCGGGAAGUCCAAAUCAAGUACCAGGAAUUCCACAAGAUGUCAAACUGUUUGAUGUAUUUAGUGAUCAAAUUGCAACUAUCAUACAGACAAGACAAGAUAUGCCUCCUGAAGAUAUUGUGUCCCUCCAAGUGGCUCUUAUAAACUUAGCACAUAAAUGCUAUCCUGAUCGUGUGGAUUACGUAGAUAAAGUUUUGUUUACAACAGUUCAAAUAUUUCAGAAACAAAAUGUCGAUAAAUUGGAGUACAAUAGUGCUGUUUCAAGAGAACUAGUUAGAUUAAUGAAAAUUCCCGUAGACAAUUAUAAAAAUAUAUUAACAGUGCUUAAGCUUGAACACUAUGCACCUCUUUUGGAUUAUUUCGAUUAUGAGGGCAGAAAAUCACUAGCUAUAUAUAUAAUAACGAAUAUUUUGGAGAAUGAAACAUUGAUUCCAAUGCAAGAGCAAGUAGACGCAGUGCUCUUCAUGGUAUCUUCCUUGGUCCAAGAUCAAUCAGAUCAACCUAAUAUAGAAGAAGACCCUGAAGAUUUUGCCGAAGAACAGGGAUUGCUCGGAAGAUUAAUACAUCAUUUUAGAUCGGAAACACCAGAUCAGCAAUAUAUGAUACUAAGCGCUGCAAGGAAACAUUUCAGUGCUGGCGGUAACAAAAGAAUAAAAUUCACUCUACCUCCCAUUGUUUUCCAAAGUUAUCAAUUAGCAUUUACAUACAAAGCACUGAAAGAUCAGGAUGACAUGUGGCAAAAAAAAUGUCAAAAAAUUUUUCAGUUCUGCCACACAACUAUCACAGCAUUGAUGAAGGCCGAAUUAGCCGAACUACCCUUAAGACUAUUUCUGCAAGGCGCAAUAGCGAUCGGUGAAAUUCGUUUUGAUAAUUUUGAAAUGGUUGCUUAUGAGUUUAUGAGCCAAGCGUUUUCGAUAUAUGAAGAUGAAAUAAGUGACUCGAAGGCUCAGCUCGCAGCGAUUACCUUGAUCAUUGCUACAUUCGAGCAAAUGAGUUGUUUUGGCGAAGAAAAUGCAGAGCCUGUACGCAAUCAGUGCGCUUUAUAUGCUAGCAAAUUAUUGAGAAAGCCUGAUCAGUGUAGAGGAGUCGCUACUUGUUCACAUAUAUUUUGGUCUGGAAAAUCUUUGGCUACGGGCGGAAAAGAGAUGCAAGAAGGCGGUAAAGUGUUGGACUGCUUAAAAAAAGGUAUUAGGAUAGCAAGUCAGUGUAUGGACACAUCUGUGCAAGUACAACUGUAUGUGGAGCUGCUGAAUCAUUACAUUUACUUCUACGAAAAAGGAAACACAGCUGUAACUGUGCAAAUAUUGAAUCAAGUGAUUGCUAAAAUUAGAGAGGAACUUCCCAAUCUGGAAGCGAGCGAAGAAACCGAUCAAAUACAGAAACAUUUAGCAAAUACGUUAGAACAUUUAAGAAAUAGGAUGGAAUCGCCAGAUUCCGAUGGACUUUCUUACCAAGGUCUUGUCCUUUAACAAUGCAGAAUCGGCAUUGUAAUUUUGUACAUAAAGUAUUUCUAUAAUAUAGACAAUAUAUUAUAGUUCGGUUGCACCAACAACAGUUAAGGGAAUCUUAAAGACGAUUAGUCGUAGUGUAAGUCUAUGAACUAUAUUUCGCAAGAUUGCACAGUUUUUAUAUGAAGCAAAUGUUGUCACGAUGUGACAGCUCUGUAGGGCCAUAUUGGACUAAGAAAUGGUAAAGAUCUCAAUUUUGAAACUUUGUUGUUCUCGGCAUAAGUUUCACAGGCACAUAUUAAUGCAUA